UAUUGAAAUACUUUGACUUAUCAGUAAACAAAGAAUGCUACUAACUGAUUCAUAGGAGUGCUCGUCAGUCGUCAUUCUUAUUUUCACUUUCGCUCAUCUUUCAUUAAUAAAUCCUCCCUCUUACAAAUUCACAAUACUCAAAAGUCAAAACCCCAUAUUAGGAAUUAGCCAUUAGGAGUAUUAACAGUUUGUGGGUAAUUAGGAAUUAGGAGUAUUAAAGUGGAAUUCAUAUCAAAGGUUGAAAUUUGGGAGUGACUGAAGGUGGGUGACUCAGUGAGCUAGACUUUGGUUUCAAUACUUGACUGGGGAAUUCAAUUUUUAUCUCAAAAUUUGUGGGAUAAUUUUUUGAUUGUCAAUUUUGUUAUAAAUGGAGGCUUACAAGAAUUGGGUUUUGCAAAACAAGGAUUAUGUUCACUCAUUGGAUUCUCUUGCUAAUGGAUUGACAUGGCUUCUUCCAGAGCGCUUUUCUGAAUCAGAAAUCGGGCCAGAAGCAGUCACUUCGAUUUUGGGAAUUAUUACAGCAAUCAACGAAUACAUAAUUGAGACGGCGCCAACACAGUGGCAAGUGCCUACAUUAUCAUCUUCCUUUCCUUUUUCGUUGUGUGUAUCUGCUUUGAAGGAAAUAGAGACAUUGGUUGAAGUUGUGGCGCAACAGUUGUAUGGUGAUGACAAAAAGUGGAACUUUAUCUUAAUUACAGAAGCCUCUAAGGCCUUGCUGAGGUUAGCGUUGUUUCGGGAUAAUGGUUAUAAGAUGCUUUUGCAUGGGGGUGAAACUCCAAACGUGGAUAGACCUGGAGAUCAGCCAAAACCUGGUGGAAAUCAAAGGCCUGGAUACUUCAACAAUCAUUAUGCACAGAACCCUUGGAAUCGUGAAGGGAAGGCACUUGCCGCAUUAAGUAGGUUUGGAGAAAAUGCAAGGAUGGUGCAUGAUCCAACAUGGCUUAGAAGGACUGAACAUUCAGAAACAGUUAUGGACACUCAGGAUCUGGUGUUAAAAAGACCAACACUUUCUUCAAUAUUGUCCGAGAAGGGUCUACGUGGAGGGCUGUUUCUGAUGGGGGAGACGCUAUUUAUCUUGAGGCCGCUCAUUUAUGUAUUGUUUAUUAGAAAAUAUGGGUCACGGUCAUGGAUACCAUGGUUUAUUUCAUUAGCAGUGGACCUGGUUAGUCUGAGUGCUACCGCACAAGCAACAAAGUCGAAGGAGUGGACAAACGUGCUGAAAGAGAUUCAUCUUUCGGUAGAAGAAAAGGACGAGUUACGAAGGCGGAAGGUGUUGUGGGCGCUGUAUAUUAUGCGAGAUCCGUUCUUUUGCAAGUAUACAAGGCAAAGACUUGAAAGUACACAGAAGGCGUUGGAACCUGUUCCUGUUAUUGGAUUACUUACAGAAAAAUUAGUCGAGCUUAUUUUCGGAGCACAGACACGGUACACUUACAUGUCCGGAUCAUAGUGAUAGUGUUGAAGAUGAAGGUUGCUUGUGUUUCUAUCACAUUUUAAAACUUGUUUAUGUAUCAUUAACAUUUUCCCCCUCUUGUAAGAAAGUUCUUCUUUUACCUGCUUCUUAUUUUUGGAUUGACAACAUCUUGGAUCUUGGAAGCAUGUUCUUUUGAGUUAUAUCCAUCACAGUGCAAAAAUAUGGUUUCGGUCACUAUCGUAGCAACGGUCGCGAAACAAAUCCUGUGUUCAAUACAUGUGAUUUCACGUCAGUUCAUCUAAUAUUUUAAUAGCGGUAAACUCAAAAAUCUUUAUUAUAUGGUGGUGCAACUUUGUUUUUGUGCUAUGAUCACAAGAGGCCGAUAUUUAGCUAAAUGCCUAUUGGAUUCCGUUGAAGGACCAUAAUUAAAAACUUUUCCAUACCAAAUGUUCAUUCCAGCCCUUCUAAAUUUUAAUUAAAUACUUACGAACUUAUUUUCUUUUAUGCUAUGUUUGGAAACAAUAAUUUCAUUGAAAAUUUGUA